GAUAUUAAUUCCCAGAUACUGACAACUGAGGGCUGGUUUUAUAUGACCUGGUUUGAUGAGCAUCUGACGUGGAAAAGGGAAGAUUAUGGUGGAAUCGGUACCAUUCGUGUCAAACAGGAUGAAGUCUAUAUACCCGACAUAUUUUUAUUAAACUCGGCGGACGUCAUGUCAAUCAAAUAUAAUGUGAUUCAAACUAAUCUACUGUUAUUUAAUAACGGACGGUUGGUUUGGGUUCCGCACAUACUAUUCAAGUCUAAAUGUGAACUGGACUUAACCGACUGGCCAUACGAUCAGCAUAAUUGUGGCAUACAGUUGGUCACGUGGUAUAACGACGGUCUGGUUAUCAAUAUAUCUGCGGACUCCAAACUGAUUCUCAAUCACUACUGGAAGAGUGAGGAAUGGGAUGUCUUAGAGACCGAAUCGGAACGAUUGUCAUACGAUAUAUCAGUUACAAACAUACAUUACCCGGACAUCACAUUCACAAUGAGAUUGAGGCGAAAGACAUCUCUCUAUCACUACACGGUCUUCAUUCCCGUCACGACUGCUGUUAUUCUCAAUCUUUUGAUGUUUUGGUUUUCAAUCCGAUCUAACAAUCUGAACAUUCAAUUGCCUGACGCUAUGAGACGAGUGACGGCUACCACUCAAUGGCUUGUCGUCUAUUCAGGCAAUGAAAACAGCGAUACAAUUGGCUUAACAAAUGAGGAUAACGCAUUCAUUCCCGGUUUAUAA